AUGCUUCCACCAUCAAACGGAUCAUCAUCCGUUAAUCCACAACAAGCAGGGGGCCAGCCAAAUCCAAAAUCAGUUGCACAUAUGGUUGCAUCGGGUGGAAUUCAACAACAAAAUAUGGGAAAUUUAUCAUCAUUGUCCAUGUUAAGAGACGUUCCUGGAUCAUCAAGUGGAAAUUUAUCAUCACUGUCUAUAAAUUCUACUUCGUUAAUACAAUCGGAUUCAAGUCUUUCUAGGUAUUCUACAUCACCAAAUCAAUAUGAUCAAUAUUUACCAAAAAAGAAGAGAACAUUUAAUCAUGAGAAAUAUUUUGUGAUGGAAUCAAUUUUAAUGAAAGAUUCCAAGUCUACAGCAAAUCCUGCAAGCUUGGCGAACGCUUCAAAGAUUUACUUUGUGAACGACUUUUUCUCAAAUAUGGUGCACUUACAGCAUGUCCUUCCAGAUGUAUUGGUGCAGCACAUUUUCAGUUUUAUUACAUUUCCUCUUGCAUCUUAUUUGAAGCGUUUUUUUCAUCAUCAAAAUAGACAAUUUACAUAUGAUUAUCAACAACUCGUUUCAGAAAGUAAGAACGACCAAAAUCUAUUAAUUCCUGAUUUCAUAAAAGAAAAUGUAGUUCUCAUUCAAACAUGGAAGGAAAUAACAAAAUUAUUAUUCGGAAAACGCAAAAAACAACUAGUUCAAUCAUCAUCGGCAAGCAUGGACUGUACAGAUGAUCAUACUGAGUCCAGUGUUGGCACAGCUUCAACACCUUUCUUAUUGUGGCGCAAUGUGGAUUGCAGCGUUCAAUCAUGUUAUGAAUAUGACCAAGAAACUCCUCUGAACACGAAACAAAUAAGAACGGUGCUAUCUACAUUCACUAAAAUAAUCUCUUUCGACUUUAGUGGAAAUACUUCCUUCAAUAAUAGAUGUUUAAAAUACCUAAUGGCCAGAAGCCCUAAUUUACAAAGUCUAAAUGUGAAAGUCACUAGAGUUGAUUACGAUGGUUUUAACUACUUACUUAACAAAACUGAGAAUGGAGAGAAGUAUAAUGAUACAUUGAGGGAGUUAAAGUUAACAAAAUUCUUAAGAGCAAGUAUUCCUGCAUCAGAUUUCAACUUCUUCAGCAAGUUACGAAAAUUACAUUCUCUGGAAAUGGUUAAUCACCAAUUAAAUGAAUCUCAAGUAUUGUCCAUCAUUCAAGUGGACGCAGAAAAUUAUAGACCAUUCAUACAUCUAAAUUUGAGCGGAUGCCAGAUUCCUACUGAGAUUUCUAAUGUAAAAACUCUCACUUCACUAGUGCUUGAAGAUUGUAACAUUACACCAGAGUUGGCCAAGUCAUUACUCAACAACCUUCCUCGUCUCAAGCAUCUUGAUUUAAGCAAAAAUAAUGGAUUGACACCAGACGUUUUUGAAAAUAUUUCUCAACAUGAGUCGUUAAGUCACCUCAGGCUAACAGGAACAGAUGUUUCAGACGAAGUUGUGAAAAAUAUUUCCAAGAAUGGAUCAAUAUCAAUUCUUGAUCUCGAUUAUACCAAGAUCACUGUUAAGGGUAUGAAAUGCUUGUUUGGUGUUGGUCAAGAAGACAAACUGGUUGGCAAAAUAUCCUCCUCUCUAUCCACUCUUUGUGUUCGUAAUUGUGGACUCUCUCAAACCGAGUUGAAGAAGGAAAUUCCUCUUCAAGGCAAAGCGUUCUCAAUUAAAUUAUAA